AUGGCAUUUAUUUAUCGUUCUCGUAAUCAGAGUUAAAUUUUGGAUUCAUCACCAGGACCAGGUUACUAUGAGGUGGAUAAAAAGUGGGAAAGAAUUAGUACCUAAGCCCCAUCCCUACCAUUAAUUGAUAUUCCAAGAAAACUUAGUCCUGGUCCUGGUGCAUAUGAUUUUAAAGGUUCAUCUCAAAAUACACAAAUUAAUAGUGCAGUUUUUAAAAAUGAAGAAGAACGAUUCAAAAAUGAAAAAUAAGGUUUGAUUGGGUAUAUCAAUUUUUAUUUAUUAUAGUCCAGGAUAUUAUGACGUUGCCAUAUUAUAAAAAAAUAAACAAUCUUUUUCUCAUCGUCCAAAAAUCAUUGAAUAAUUAAUGUAUGCAGGUACCUAUUAAACUUCUAAUUCAAUACCUUAUGAAAGUAUAAUUACUCAUAAAUUAAGAGAGAUUAUAAGCCAAUGUUGGACCUGGUUAUUAUGAUACAUAACACUCAAAACUCAAUAAAUAUGCAAGUCUAGUAAGUAAUUGGUCUAGAAAAUCUUCUAAACAUGAUGAUGUUGAUACUUCUAUUGGUCCUGGACAUUAUGAUGUUGAUAGAUUUUAUAGAUAUAAAGACAAAAAACUAGCACAAUCUAUUAAAUUCUCUACCUCACAAGAACCUAAAUAUUAUAUUAAAAAAGGACUAGAUAAUAAAAUUUAUUAUAGUUUCUAAAAGUCUUCAACUUCAGACUCUGAUACUUCAUAAUAUGAAUUUAUAGAUGAUUCUACUCCUGGCCCAGGCUAUUAUUAAACUUAAUCAACUAAUAUUUCAAUUGGACCCAGACUCUUAAAUAAAGCUCCAAGAUUUGCACUUUAAAAAUAAAAUAUUCCUGGACCUGGUUAAUAUAAUCCAGAUAUUGUUUCCAUUAAUUAAUAAAUAGAAUUCUCUAAAGCUGAAAGAUUCAAAACAAAUUCUAAUUCUAUUUCUCCUAGUCCCAAUACUUAUUCACCUAAAAUUUCAAUGAAAGACAAAAUUAUUUAAAAAUUACUUCAAAGUCCUAAUUAAGAGAUUGGCAGCAAAUUACCAAGAUUUUCCAAAACAAAACCAAAAAACACUCCAGGGCCUGGAUAUUAUGAUAAUUAACCAAAAAAAAUAGAAAAAAAAGAUGUCUCANGCCAUAGAAACUGGAGAAUCCAAAACAUAUCUUAUUAAACCAGGCUCUAAAUUUAGUCUAUGCUUGUUGGCUUGAAUAAUAUAUAUAUUUAUAUAUAUAAUAUAAAUGGCAUUUAUUUAUCGUUCUCGUAAUCAGAGUUAAAUUUUGGAUUCAUCACCAGGACCAGGUUACUAUGAGGUGGAUAAAAAGUGGGAAAGAAUUAGUACCUAAGCCCCAUCCCUACCAUUAAUUGAUAUUCCAAGAAAACUUAGUCCUGGUCCUGGUGCAUAUGAUUUUAAAGGUUCAUCUCAAAAUACACAAAUUAAUAGUGCAGUUUUUAAAAAUGAAGAAGAACGAUUCAAAAAUGAAAAAUAAGGUUUGAUUGGGUAUAUCAAUUUUUAUUUAUUAUAGUCCAGGAUAUUAUGACGUUGCCAUAUUAUAAAAAAAUAAACAAUCUUUUUCUCAUCGUCCAAAAAUCAUUGAAUAAUUAAUGUAUGCAGGUACCUAUUAAACUUCUAAUUCAAUACCUUAUGAAAGUAUAAUUACUCAUAAAUUAAGAGAGAUUAUAAGCCAAUGUUGGACCUGGUUAUUAUGAUACAUAACACUCAAAACUCAAUAAAUAUGCAAGUCUAGUAAGUAAUUGGUCUAGAAAAUCUUCUAAACAUGAUGAUGUUGAUACUUCUAUUGGUCCUGGACAUUAUGAUGUUGAUAGAUUUUAUAGAUAUAAAGACAAAAAACUAGCACAAUCUAUUAAAUUCUCUACCUCACAAGAACCUAAAUAUUAUAUUAAAAAAGGACUAGAUAAUAAAAUUUAUUAUAGUUUCUAAAAGUCUUCAACUUCAGACUCUGAUACUUCAUAAUAUGAAUUUAUAGAUGAUUCUACUCCUGGCCCAGGCUAUUAUUAAACUUAAUCAACUAAUAUUUCAAUUGGACCCAGACUCUUAAAUAAAGCUCCAAGAUUUGCACUUUAAAAAUAAAAUAUUCCUGGACCUGGUUAAUAUAAUCCAGAUAUUGUUUCCAUUAAUUAAUAAAUAGAAUUCUCUAAAGCUGAAAGAUUCAAAACAAAUUCUAAUUCUAUUUCUCCUAGUCCCAAUACUUAUUCACCUAAAAUUUCAAUGAAAGACAAAAUUAUUUAAAAAUUACUUCAAAGUCCUAAUUAAGAGAUUGGCAGCAAAUUACCAAGAUUUUCCAAAACAAAACCAAAAAACACUCCAGGGCCUGGAUAUUAUGAUAAUUAACCAAAAAAAAUAGAAAAAAAAGAUGUCUCAUCUAGUCCAUUCAAAAGCAAAGUUAAAAGAACAUCAAUGUCAAUUAAAGAAGAUAUUCCACCUCCAGGUUUUUAUGAUACAUCAUUAGGAUCUAUUUAAGAAAAAUAAAAAAGUUAAAUUGAAUACAAUGUCGAAUAAUUAAUUGAUAAACCUCCAUUUGGCAUAGGUGAAGAAAGAUGGAAAUAAGCAAUAAUAGAAGAAUCUGAAGAUGAAAGAAUAGAAAGAAUAGAAAGAACUUCUAAUUAUAAAAAACCUAUCUCCAAAGAUCCUCCUGCUUUUGGUUAAGGAUAAUAAAGAUUUCAGCAUUCUAUUAGUGAAACUCCAGAUAAAUUAUCAUACAAUAUAUAACCUUAAUGGAUUAAAAAGAGCUUCAAUUUUUUAUAAAUUUAAAAAUGAC